AUCGGCGGCCGGCCCACAAAAGACGAAAAUCACCAUCGGUCCACCGGGCAAAUGCCAGUCCAGCCAUGUAUAGAGGCGGCAAAAGCUGAAUAUCAAACGAACUUUACCGCAGUCCAAAACUAAAACCGUCCAUGGAUGAAAAAAAAAAGAGGAAAGAGAGAGGAGCGGUCACUGGGCACUGGGCUGCUGGUAGACGUCUUCAGCGGUUAUGUCACCCGCCAACGCUUUUCACGGAGGUGCCUGGUUAAUACUGAAUGUCAACAAAGAUGAACAAUACUGGUGGCCAUUUGAAAAACACAACACCCAGCACGACCGCAACAGAGGAUUACUUCGAAUACUAUAAUAAUGGGAUUGAUGCUGAACCAUGUGAUUAUGAAGUCCAUGCAGUCUAUUUUCUCCCAGUGCUCUACUCCUUGUUCUUCGUGGUGGGCUUCCUGGGCAACAGUCUGGUCCUCUGGGUGAUUGUGAAAGGCAAGCUUAUAACAAACAUGACUGAGAUCUCUUUACUGAACCUGGCCAUCGCUGACCUUCUACUAAUCUUCACUCUCCCCUUCCUGGCUCACUAUGCCAGAGAUUCCUGGGUUUUUGGAAAUGCCAUGUGCACUCUGGUCCUCGGUGUGUACUACGUUGGUUUUUACGCUGGCAUUUUCUUUAUUGUGCUAAUGAGCAUCGACAGAUACUUGGCUAUUGUCCAUCCUGUGUUUUUUACAAAAAUCCAGUCAAAGGUUUGUGGAAUUUUUGCUAGUGUAAUCAUCUGGAUUAUAGCUGUUGCAGCAUCGUUUCCUGAGCUACUUUAUGUUGGAGUUGAAGCCCAUGAUGACAAAAACAUUUGCAAUGCUUAUCCAAAAGAUGAAAAUCACAAUGAUGUGAGAAGUGCAGCUUUAUUUAAAAUGAAUGUUUUAGGCAUGCUGAUUCCACUGACUAUUGUGGGGUUUUGCUACUCAUUGGUGCUCUGGAGGCUUCAGACCCUUCAUCCUGCAAAAAAAAACGCUUUUCGUCUGGUUGUUGUGGUCAUGGUGGUCUUCUUCUGCUGCUGGAUACCGUACAACAUUGCAGCACUCCUCAAAGCACUGGAAUUGAAGCGCAUCCUGCCUUCAGAGUGUGAGCUCAGCAAAAGGAUUCAGCUAAUGCUACAAGCCACUGAAGCCUUGGCAUACUCACACAGCUGCCUGAAUCCGUUCCUUUAUGUGUUUGUGGGAGAAAAGUUUAGAAGGCACCUUACUAGGUUCCUGCGCCAGACACCAUGCGUCCAUGUGCAGUGUAUGAAGCGCUACAUGACCCAGGCUGCAGCUUCAGUGUAUUCACAGAACACAAGUGUGGAGGAACGCUCAGUUGCUGUCUGAUUAGUGAAAGAACAUGGCCCGGUAUCCCAAAAGCUUCUUAUCGCUAAGUAGUUCUUAAGUUGUACCUUAAGCUUUUUCUUAACAGUAUGGUGGGAAUCGCGUUUUGCCAGGUUCCAUCGCACUAUUCUUGUUUAUACUCUAAGUAUAUCUUGGGUAAGUCACGUGCUCGUAAGGUUGGUCUAGACCAAUCUUAAUUUACUUUUAGCAUUGUUUCAGCUCCAGACGCUAGUGGCUGCCACUGUACAGCAGUCGUUUAAAUCAGCGCUUCUUGACCUGCUCAAAAAUAUCUAUAUUUAAAUUUAGAUUUAGGCAUUUAGCAGACGCUCUUAUCCAGAGCGACUUACAUUUUUAUCUCAUUACACAUCUGAGCAGAUGAGGGUUAAGGGCCUUGCUCAAGGGCCCACCAGUGGCAACUUAGUGGUUGUGAGGUGCCUUAACCACUGAGCUACCCCUGUAUAACAACUAGGGAUGCACCGAAAUAAAAUUUCUGGGCCGAAAACGAAACCGAAAUUUUUGGAUGCACUUGGCCGAAAACCGAUACCGAAACCGAAAAUGGCUUCAUUAAAAAAACAUGUUUAAAAUAUUUUCUUUUUGUUUGUAUUAAAAAAACUACAAAUUAAUUAAAAUUAUUGCAACUUUGCUGUCCUCAUCUGAAACUUUGAAGUGCUUCCAAACCGCCGACAUACUCCGUGUUUGAUGCGUAAUGCUAUUU